UUCCCCUCCCUCCUUACCCCCCCUCCCCUUCCCCUCGCAUCCUUGGAAGCAACAAUUAAGCAGCUCUGGGAUAAAACACACAGCCCGCGGGAGCACGGGGGCAUUGCUUCAAGAGAUGGCAAGGCAGGCAGCUGCACCCCUCCUUCCCGGAGUCCUCCUCCUCCUCUUCUCCAUCCUCCCGGCUACUCAGCAAGGAGGGGUCCCUGGUGCUAUCCCGGGAGUGGGAGUCCCAGGAGCAGGCUUUUUCCCAGGUGCUGGAGUUGGAGGUUUGGGAGCAGGACUCGGGGUUGGAGCAAAACCUGCCAAACCAGGGGUCGCAGGACUUGGGGGACUCGGCCCACUUGGCCUGCAGCCAGGUGCUGCAGGUCUCUUCCCAGGAGCCUUCCCUGGGGGGGCCUUUCCGGGGGCCGCCGGGGCCGCGGCUCUCAAGGCUGCUGCAAAAGCUGGUGCUGCGGUACCGGGUGCGGUGCAGCCCGGGGUUGGCGCGGCAGGGAAACCCCCUAAAAUACCAGGUGCUGGGAUUCCUGGAGCUUUUCCGGGUGGCGUGCUCCCCGGAGCAGGCAUUCGCUUCCCUGGCGUAGGGGUGCUGCCCGGAGUACCCACUGGAGCUGGAGUCAAGCCAAAAGCUCCAGGAGUUGGGGCCUUUGGAGGAAUCCCUGGACUGGGAGGUUUUGGAGGUCCACAGCCUGGUGUCCCUCUGGGGUAUCCCAUCAAAGCUCCUAAGCUCCCAGGUGGCUAUGGAUUGCCCUACACCAAUGGCCUCAGGCCCGGUGGGCCAGGAGCAGGCCUUGCAGGGAAGGCAGGGUAUCCCACCGGGACAGGAGUCGGAGCUCAGGCGGCCGCGGCAAAGGCAGCGGCAAAGGCAGCAGCAAAAUACGGAGCCGGUGUCCUGCCUGGGGUUGGCGGCAUCCCAGGAGUCGGCGGCUUGGUACCCGGCGUGCCAGGAGUUGGAGUUGGAGGAGCAGCAGCGGCGGCGGCAGCAGCGAAGGCGGCGGCGAAGGCAGGAGCCCUCGCUCCAGGGGCAGUGCCUGGAGUUGGUGGUGUUGGUGUCCCUGGCUUGGUCCCUGGCGUUGGAGCUGUGCCCGGAUUGGUGCCCGGCGUUGGAGUCCCUGGAGUGGCAGGGGUGCCGUCGGCAGCAGCAGCAGCAAAGGCAGCUAAGUUCGGAGCUGGCGUUCCUGGCAUUGCUGGUGUUCCCGGUGUUCCUGGUGUCCCUGGAGUUCCUGGAGUUCCUGGUGUUCCUGGAGUUCCUGGUGUUCCUGGUGUCCCAGGAGUGCCUGUCGUGCCUGGAGUUCCUGGCGUGGUGCCUGGUGUCGGAGUGGGUGGCCCAGCAGCCGCAGCGGCUGCGGCGAAGGCGGCAGCGAAAGCCGCGGCAAUCGGACGCGUUCCCGGAGUUGGUGUUCCCGGAGUUGGCGUUCCCGGUGUUGGUGUGCCCGGUGUCGGUGUUCCUGGAGUCGGUGUGCCCGGAGUUGGUGUUCCUGGUGUGGGUGUGCCCGGUCUGGUGCCUGGGGUUGGCAUUCCAGGAGUUGGUCCUGCAGCCGCCAAAGCAGCCGCCAAAGCAGCCAAGUUUGGAGCAGUUCCUGGUGUAGGUGGCCUCGUUCCCGGUGUAGGUGGCCUCGUUCCCGGUGUGGGUGGCCUGGUCCCUGGUGUUGGAGGCAUCCCUGGGGUUGGAGUUCCAGGCGCAGCAGCGAAAGCAGCAGCAAAGGCAGCUAAAUUCGGAGCCGGGGUCGGAGGGGUGCCCGGUGUUGGUGUGCCCGGUGUUGGUGUGCCCGGUGCGGUGCCCGGUGUUGGCGUGCCCGGGUUGGUGCCAGGAGUGGGAGUACCUGGAGCUGGUGUCCUCCCUGGGGCAGGCAUCCCCCAAGUAGGUGCUAAACCUCCCAAAUUCGGUGUGCCCGGAGUUGGAGUGCCAGGAGUUGGUGGCCUCCCAGGUGGCCUUGGAGUUGGUGGCCUCGGAGUCCCUGGGCUCGGUGUUGGAGCUGCUGGGAAACCUCCCAAGGCAGGUUUUGGUGCUGGUCUAGGGGUUGGAGUUCCCGGCUUCGGCGUGUCACCGAUAUUUCCAGGUGGGGUCGGCGCCCCGCUGGGAUUUGCUGGGAAGCCCCCCAAGGCCUACGGAGGAGCCCUCGGUGCCCUGGGCUUUAGAGGCGGCGUGGGCUGCGCAGCAGGGAAGUACUGCGGGAGGAGGCGGAAGUAACCGCGGCCGUCACCGCUGACCUCAUGAACUUUGGUGCUACUGCAUGGUCCAGAAUGUAAAUCCCGAGCAAAGCUGAGACGCCCUCCCCUUCCCCAAAAACCCCCCGUCCAUCCCGGGGCCAUCCCCGGCCCCGCGUUCCCAGGAGGGAUCCCGCACCUCCGGCAGCAUCCGUCGCCCCCCAGCCCCUCGGUCCCGGCAGGGAGCGCGGAAUAAACUGCGGGGAGCAGCCGUCCCCCUUGGUGCUAUCGCUCUCUGCGGGAUUUUGGGGGGGGCUCGGAGUCUCGCACCCCUCCCCAGCCCCAGAGCU